GACGGGAGCAUCCACUAUCGACACACAAACUGACGCGCACCCAGCACAGGCACAACACCCCCAUCGAAGCAGCAUGAAGUGCGUGAUCCUUGUGGCUGGACAUGCGACACGGCUUGAAGCCGAGCUUCGAGCAGACACAAGCGGAAAGUAUGCUUCCUUAGUGGGUAUCCCGAAAGCGCUGCUGCCUGGACCCGAUGGCCGCCCCAUCCUGGACCAAUGGUGGGCCGCUGUCAACACGGCAUCCCACAUCUCAUCCGACGUCUACCUCGUCACGAAUGCGGAAAAGUACAAACAUUAUGAACGUUGGGCGACAGCCAACGGCUUUCCGCGGCAGAACAUCAUCAACGAUGGCACAACAAGCAGCACGGGCGGCAUUGGGGCCAUUGCGGAUUUGGAUUUGGCCAUCCGCAGCCGCUCCAUUGAUGACGACCUGCUCGUCGUCUCAGGUGACAUGCUGUUCAACCCAAAGAGCUUCGACCUCGACGGCGUCCUGCAGUACUUCAAGGCACGCGGUGGUGAGCUCUCUUGCUACUACGCCAUGCACCCUGGUGAGGAUAGCACGUCUCGCGGCAUCCUCGAGCUCAACGAAGACCACCAAGUCACCAACUUCUUUGAGAAGCCAAAGCCAGGCACGACCACAUCUCGGCUUGCGAGCGUGGUGCUGUACUGCUUCAAGCGGGAGACCCUUGGCCUGAUCCGCAAGUUUGCUGAGGACGCGGCGACAACGCGGCGGUCGCUCGGCCAUCUCAUGGAGGCUCUCGUUAAGCAGACACCUGUGUAUGGCAUGAAGCUCCCGGACCACUUUGGCCUGAUUGGCGCCGUUGGCGUGAAGGAAUACCACCAGUGCCUGCAGGCAGCACAGGCAGAGCGAAGCGGGCGAAGUGUCGGCCCCAUUGUCCGCCGCGCGUAUGCACGUGUCGGGUUGAUGGGGAACCCAAGCGACGGCUUCUUUGGCAAGACCAUCAGCCUUGCCAUUCGGAACUACUGGGCACAGGCCACCAUCACCCCAAACGACACCUUGGUGCUUGAGCCACACCCCCUGAACGAUCCGACCGAAUUUGGCUCGCUCGCUGAUCUCUGCGGCAUUAGCAAGAAGGAGGGCUACCAGGGCGGCCUUCGCCUCAUGCAGGCAACGUGCAAAAAGUUCUUUGAGUUUUGUUCGGAGCGCGGCAUCGCCAUUGCUCGCAGGAACUUCAGGCUCAAAUAUGACACCAAUAUCCCACGACAGGUUGGACUUGCGGGCAGCUCCGCCAUUUGCACUGCCGUGCUGAAAUGCCUUGUCGCCUUCUUCAACCUGACGCAAGAGGAUUUCCCGCUGCCAGUUCAGGCCAACUUUGUGCUGAGUGUGGAGACGCAAGAGCUUGGCAUCAAUGCAGGCCUGCAGGACCGCGUAAUUCAGGCGUACAACGGGUGUGUGUACAUGGACUUUUCAAAGGAGAUUAUGGACGCGCAAGGGUACGGCCACUACGAGCAGCUCCCCGUCAGCAAGCUUCCCCAGUUCUGGCUCGGGUACUUGGCGGACCCGAGCGACUCUGGGAAGAUUCACAGCAACAUUCGCCAGCGCUACAACAGCGGCGAAGAGGCCGUCGUCAGUGGGAUGCAGCAGUUUGCUGCGUUUACGGACGCGGCACGAGCAGCGAUUCUGAGCGGACAGCACAACACCCUCGCAGAUCUCAUGGACAAGAACUUCGACCUGCGUCGGCAGCUGUACGGAGACGAGUGUCUUGGCGAAGCGAACCUGAAGAUGGUCGCAAUUGCCCGCAAGCACAACUCGGCCGUGAAGUUUCCUGGCAGCGGCGGUGCCGUCGUUGGACUCUGCAGGAAUUCAGAGUCGAUGCGUGCGCUGCAAGAGGAAUUUGAGGCGAACAACUUCGUGUUUGUGAAAGUGAUUCCACGUGGCCAGGAUGAACCACACGAGUGAUGUGAUGGACGGACACGACCCGGCAGGUUACAGCAGUAGUUGCGUUUUCUCCGCACUUUUCUUUUUUCGACUGCGGUGUACACUUGCCAUCGCCCACUGCCGUGUUACAGCAUGUUCUCUCCGGUUACAAUGAAGCCCUUUUUCGUCGUGGGAACAUUUGAAACAACAACGCGGAAUGUAACAACAAUUGUGCAGUGUCGUGAUUGCACCACGCCUCUGCUCUUUGCUCUCUCUCCUCUCUGUUCCGAUGCUUUCUCAUGCUGGCCUGUCGUCACGAACGGUCCUCCCCUCUCUCACCUACCAUUUGCCACCACCACGGCAAGUACACCAGCAACACGACCAGUUCAACACACACACACACACACACACACACGCCACCAGGAUUGUCACCUCUGUCAUGAG